AUUUUUUCCUUUAUUAAUAUUUUUUUAUUCCUUUUUCCCGAAACAAAUAAGGCAAAAAAGACAAGUUCUUCACCAUUUCUGAUCAGAAAAAAUUUCCUCUAUACUUCAUCAUCUCUCCCCCUCAUCAAAUUGCAGAUAAGCCUUCUAACCAUAGGUCAUUGAGAUUUAUGAUAGGUAGAUAGAUACAUCAUCUAUCUAUUUUGGAAUUUGAUUUGGGUGGAUGAGAAUUUGAUUGAUGAAUUUCCAUGUUAUAAAUCUCUUUUGGGAUUUGUAAACCAAUUUUAUUUGAAGAUGGCAACAAGUAGAAGAGGUGGAAUUUCAUUUGUCAAAUCAAAAAGGAGGGAAGGAUUCACUGAGAAUCUCACAUUUGUGGCUUGUGAGUGGUUUUUGAUAUUCCUAUUGCUAGUUGAUUCAUUGCUAUCAUAUCUUGUCAAAAAGUUUGCAAGUUAUUGCAAGUUGCAAUUGCCUUGUUUGUUAUGUUCUAGGCUUGAUCAUAUCUUAGAUGGCGAAAAGCCAGAGUUUUAUCAUAGCCUACUUUGCAGCGAUCACAAAUCAGAAAUAUCGUCAAUGAUGUUGUGUCAUACUCAUGGUAAACUUGCGGACGGUCAUAGGAUGUGCGAUGAUUGUCUUUUGUCACUCACUAAGAAUGGUAAGCGCAACACGAAAACUCAUAGGUUGUUGUCGGGUAAAUUUGGUGUUGUUAUCGGUGGUUCUGGCUAUCAAAAUACUCCGUUGAGCCGAGAUUUGUUUUCCAGACCUAAGGGAUCUAGGCCAUGUAGUUGUUGUGGUAAGCUUUGGAAGUUAGAACAGAAUGGCUUUAGAUCUAUCCAAUUAAAAUCGCAUGGGAGAUCUGUUGUUAAGCCAUACAUUCCUUUGCCACAUGCGGCAAGGCAAAGCCGUUUAAAUCAUCGUGAUAACUUGAAGAAAAUGAGGGGUAAAACUUCUGAAUCAGGAGGAAGGAGAAGUUCUCAUCCAUCAUCUAAUGUUGGAUACACUGUGCUGAGACUUACUUCUGAUUCUGAGUCUGAGUUUCAAUUUUCAGAUGAUGAUGAUACUGGUAGUAUAUUUAAUGAAAAAAUUGAAGCUGGAAAUGAUACCAUAGCUCCAAAUACGCUAGAAACACCUACAAAACAUGCUGUGAGUGAUUUGAAACCACCAAUGCCAAAGACUAGUUCUCCCAAACACGUACCUCUUCCUGAGGUCAACAUGCGCCAACAUGGGAAUGACAAUGGUGUGGAAGAAAUUAACCGGCCGCAAGCAGAUCAAAGUUCAUCGAGUUCUAACCUCCCUGAGCUCAUUUCACUAGAUGAGGUUUCACCAUCACAUGUUUAUCGAGAACCAGAAUCAGAGGACUGUAAGAUUACUGAUCAUUCUGAGAAAUCUCUUCCUUCUCACCUAUCUGAGCUUAUGACUUUGAAAGCGGAUCACAUAUUUGUUGGAGAAUUACCAGAAAAAUCUCUACAUGUUACACAAGCACCUGAUAAUGGACUCGUAUCCGAAGAGCAUGGAAAAGUCUCAGAGAAGAUUCAUAGAAUGGAAGAUGCAUCUACUCAAACUGAUCCGGAGCUAUGCGACUCUGCUCCUCUAAGUCCAACACAAGAGGAUUCAAAUGACAUGAGUAAGUCCUCUGACUCCAUCAAGGAAAGAGAAGUACCUGGUUUUGUCAUGGAACAAUCACCUUCUAACGAAAUCGACAAAGUCAAGGAAGAACUAGAGCUAUCACCACCAUCACAGUAUUCUUCUCUCCAUGAGUCGAACAUGUCAUCAUUUGUUCCUAUAAACCACAUUCACUCCCCUAGGAUACAUGCCGAGGCAAUGGAAUCUGGUCUUGAAUCUAUGGAUUUAACCAAUAUGACUGAAAUUGAAGGUGAAUCUAUUGUUGAUCAAUUGAAGCGACAAAUUGAGUAUGACAAAAGAUACAUGGAUGAUUUACAGAAAGAACUAGAGGAAGAAAGAAAUGCUUCUGCUAUUGCAGCAAACGAAGCAAUGUCUAUGAUCACAAGGUUACAGGAAGAGAAGGCGUCUUUGCAAAUGGAGGCUCAUCAAUAUUUAAGAAUGAUGGAAGAGCAAGCAGAAUACGAUAACGAAGAAUUAGACAAAGUUAAUGAUCUACUCACGGAAAAGGAAAAAGAAAUACAGGAUUUAGAAGCUGAGCUAGACUAUUACAGGAUCAACUUUAUGGAUGAGCCUAUGGUCCCCAAUAUGCAUGAGGAAAGUAAAGAUUCAAAGGAGGAAACUGUCAUGACACAAAAUAUUCAUCUUCAUAACAUCACAGAUACUGUAAAUAAUUUCCCCGAUUCAAAUUUGUCUGAGGUAUCCAAAGGCAGUAAUGAAGUUGCGGCUGGUGAAACCUCUAUUUUAGAAUUUGAAGAGGAAAAACAAUAUAUUUCAGAAUGUUUGGAAUGCUUGGAAAAGAAGGUUCAUCAACUUUCUUUUAAUAAGAUUUCCUACGAACCGCCAAAUGUUAGACUUGCAAAUCUUGAAAUUAGUAAAUUGAGUCAACAAGGAGAUUCUAACAGUGAAGGGCCCCAUUUAGAUGAUCAUGAGGAGGCUGAUUUGUCCAUACAAAAAAAAUUAAUGUCGAAUGGAAGUCAUGAUGAUAAGGAUGAUGAUGCUGCAUCAGAUACCGAUGAUUGUUCAAUUAGUAUUGAAAACAACGAUUCCACAUGUGUAGAACCAAUGUCUUCCAAAUCUAGAAGAGAAGCUGAUUUGGUUGCUCUAGAAAAUGAAAUAUCAGACCUUCAUGACCGGUUAGAGGCGCUCGAAUUUGAUCAUGAUCUUAUUGCACACAUAACAAAUUCUCUUCAAAAUGGAAAUGAUGGAAAAAAAUUUAUUCAAGACAUAGCUCAGCAAUUGCGCGAGCUACGGAAAAUUGGAAUAAGAUCAAGAUGACAUACAAAGAAUGGUGAUCGUGUUUUUUUGCCUGGAGAGGAUUGUUCGAUGAUUACGAAAAUUGAUGAACAAACUUAACAAUUCUUAUUGCAGAUGUAUGCAAGAUCAGAAUGCAGAAUUGGGAAAACAAUUGAAAUCACAGAAUCAUGUGUUAUUCUUUUGAUGUCUAUGUAUUGUAGAAAGCCAUGGGAUAUUCUCUAGUACAAAAGCACCUCCACAUAUGCUCUGAUCAAGUUUAUAUUUCAUUUGUGAUAGAAAAACAAGUUCAUAUUUAAUUAUAGACUAGUAAUAGGAAUAUCAAACUUUGGUUUUAA